AUGCAGCAUUUAUUUUCGAUUCGGACCCCCCCCCUCAACAAGAAAAUCGUGCACAUCAGCGAUCCGCUGCUCGCCCGCACGUGCAGCCGGCAUCUCUCUAACGCGCUCGUCUUCCACGAAGGGCAACCUGCCAGCUUGGCUGUUGUGUGCGCUCACCGCACCACCACGCUUAGCAUUCCUGGGCAAGUCGCAGCGCAGCGUUCAUGCAUUUCUUUUUCGUUUUCUGAGCCGGCCUCCGUGGCAGAUCAUCUGCCCGCACACGUUGACCGUAAGCAGAAACCGCCAGUCGCCUGCUUCCUCUUUCUCGCCCCAUUGUUUUGCGACCGUGUUGUGGGUUCUACUGUCCCUCAUGGCGAGCCCCAGGGCCAUCAUCUGCGCACCAUCACUGCCCGGUAUCCUUCCCAUUCUCGACCCCCUGUUUCUCCGUCUCUGCUGGACGCACAGACACGCUCGCGCGUGCUGCCUCUUCGCAAACAUUGCGCCCUCACAGGCACCAAAAUGCUGAAAAAACUGAGCGCCCUCUGGACGGUGGCCAGGGAGAGGAUAUGCAGAGCAGAUGCGGCUCCUAGCACCAGUGGCGACGGGUCUCCGCCGCACAUCCCCCACAGCUCGCCCAAGCCUUGCGCGCGGUCCGCUACAGCGGCAACGAACCAGCAGGGCAACCCCCUCUGCGUGCCCUCCGACAGAUCGCAGACCAGGUCUCACAGAAGCACCGACGUGCAACGCGGAGAAAGCAGUGGCUUCUCUCCUUCCUCGGUGCCGGACCGACCAGUAAGCGGCAAGGCCGUUGGAGAUGCAAGCCAAGGCGCAUGUCUACCCUCGAUUAGUGGCGCACCGCCCCUUUCGCGCUCGCCAGCCCAGCAGCGGCAGUCGAUGAAGGCGCUCAGUGCCUCACCGACAAGCAGUGGCUCCCACACCCCUUUCCUGGCACCACCUUCACAGCGGCAGCCAACGACGUCUCCUGUGGCACCCCUGCGUGAAGGUCGACAGUGUCCACCACGGGCCAACGUCAAGGCGCCGCUUGAUCCCCCCACCGCUACCGCCUCGACACCGAAAACUGCUGGCACCGAGGGAUGCGUGGGUAGUUACACAAUGCUCCGCCGGCUCACAGCCGAUUUGGCGCACACUCUAGACAACUGUGCCAUGUACGGGACUCUCUACGACAACAGUGGGACUGAGGUGAAUAAAAGCUCUCCGCAGUCCCAUCCUUCAGCGGCGCCGUACUCUGUGCUGCAGUCUCGGGCACUCGCAGUGCCGCAGCCGUACCCUGCACCCAAGGGCGCUGGCGAGCAAGCCCGUGAUAUAGUUCCGCGGAGGAGCACCGAUAGUAAUAGCGUGAACGACAGUGCGUUCGUGCAUGAACCAGAGGGUGAGAAAAACUUUCACGAGGCAAUGCUCUAUCUUUCCAGGUUCAUGAACGGCACUCGUGACGAAACGACGGGAACGAUGGGCGAUGGUGCCGGUGGCACGGCAAUCAGAAGCGGACGAGCGCAUAACAGCGGUCUUCUCCGUACGCUUCGGCCUUCAAGACGAGCCAGCGACGUUACCAGUGGUCCGGCGCAUUCACCAAGCGCGAAGAACCACGACUCGAGCGAGGCCUCCGGUUUCAGCCGUCUCGACUUCGCAUCGCUCUUUAUGACACCCUCGUACGACCUCCGCUGCGACGAGCCCACAGGAAUGUAUAACUGCACCGUCUUUAAUCAACCAGUGAGCCAGAGCGCCGGCGUAUUCUCUCUUGCCGGCACCACCUCGGACUUCUCGACUCCUCCGGUGAGCAUGACGUCCCGGCAGGCUUCGAAAAGAAAACACAAUGGAGAAAGCGGUUCGAACGCGCGGCUAGGUCGGCAUGUAGAGGACACCGCAGCCGAAGCCUCCGAGAGUGUCGGUAUGCACCUCACGAAGAUGGAGGAGGACAUGGAGGAGAGCGUGUGCAGCCAGACAGCCGGGACAGCGGUGCUGCGCCGCGUUAAUGACCUAGCCCUGUCGCAGUGGAAGUACGUUACACUCGUUGUCAGUAAGGUGAUGGAGAAGAAGACACUGGUGAGGGCAUCGCGGGCACUGUCACAGAGGGUCCUGAGCGCUUCUGGCGCCCUGGAACUCAACGUGCUGCCGCAUGAUGGACUGCAGGAAGUCUCUGCUGGUGGCGCUAAGCGAAACGACAGCUUCAUCUUCGAUGACACAACAGAGAGCCGCUACGUCUUCUACCCAGACGACGACGAGGUGUCCGUCUAUGACGCCGAUGGUCGCCCGCUGCUGAUCCCAAACAUGAGCGAUUUGUGGGAUGACUUCCGCAGCUCCGACAGCAGUGACGAGAGUCUUGUCUUCGGUGAGGCGGACGCGUUUACUGAGGAUGGCGAUGCAGCCCGCGUGGGAACGGAAGGCGAGAGCAAAUUGUGUGCCACUCGCCCGCCCUCGCCAUCCAAGAUGAGGAGCGGCCCCAACACUUCUCACAAUCAACAAGCACCGCCGUCUCGCGCAGCUCCCGCUCCUCCAGCCGCACCAGCCCAGCAGCAAACGAGGCAACAAGCACCCCCAAACAGAUCUGUCAACAGCAACUGGGGCGGCGGGGGCUAUGACUACAGCAACGGCGACACAAAUCUGUAUCCGGCGUACCAGCGCCACCCUAACCCGCGGGCACCAGAGCAGAUGAAGCGGCACCGAAUCAUGCAGCAGCAGCGCCAACAGCUGUUCCAGCAACAGCAACAGCAACAGCGGCGUCACUUCCACUCUCUCACCGCGGGCUACCAGAAGUGCACGCAACCACAGCCCCCUCCCUAUGCACGCCAUCGACAGGGCCGAUCUGGGAGUGCACGGGGAUGUUUGCGUAGCAGCGCCAAGAUGCCGUGGCCGCAGCCGGACAUCUACAACGGUCCGAAAGUGUACACGGGCCAAUCGAAGUUUGUGGACUUUACGGCACGGAGCGGCAUUCGCCUGAGCGAUGUGAAACGCGUGAAGUCGCCGUGCUGGUAUUCCAUAAAGCUGGCGGAUGAGAAGAGACUGCAGGAAACGGACGAUCGACAGUCAUGA